AUGCUAAGGGGUGUCCCGGAGAAGAAUGGCGCAGGUGAGAACAAGGGAGCACCUGAGGAACGCAUCGACGGACAUCGUGCAGAUAUCCAGGCGCUUGCAGAUAAGGGGAGGGAAGGACGGCGCUUCAAGCUGCUCCUGUCUGUGUCUUCCGGGCAGACAGCCUUGAGAACACUGCCCCAGCGUAGGAAAAUGUUUGGAAGCAAGAGACUGAUCACAGGUCCUUCGGGAUCCAUUAGACCAGAAGAGUCCGUGAUCCCCCAGAACACCGGGGAACCGGCUGAAGGCCUGACCACAAGUGGGAAUGCCGGAGUGAAAGACACGGACACGCGGAGCUUACGGGCGUCCACGGACAUGGCGCGUGCGCAGAAACAGCAGGACGCUCGACCGCCGCGGGGCGGGGCCCGGAGUGAGGGGGCGGGCCCGGAGCGAGGGGGCGGGGCCCGGAGUGAGGGGCGGGGCCCGGAGCGAGGGGGCGGGGCCCGGGGUGAGGGGGCGGGCCCGGAGCGAGGGGGCGGGGCCCGGGGUGAGGGGGCGGGCCCGGAGCGAGGGGGCGGGGCCCGGGGUGAGGGGGCGGGCCCGGAGCGAGGGGGCGGGUCACCGACGAGGACCGGCCUGCGCCCGGGCAGCGGACCGGGCUGA